AUGCCUCCCAGUCCUCCCCGACGCCACCAAAGGGCGAAGCGGCCGGGAAGGCGAGGGGGGCGUCGCGCCUCCCCGGCCGCACCCCGCGUCGUGGCUGUGGCCGUCCCCGACCCCUGCUCCGCUGCCCUGAAGUGCCCCGCGGUUCCCCCGCCUCGCCCGCGGUGGUGGCGGCAGCAGCAGCCGCCUCCCCCGGCGGCCCUCUACGGCCUCGCCGUCAGAGGAAAUCGACCGGGAUCAGGAAUACAUGUUAGUAUUUCUGAUGAGGGGGAAGAGGAGAUAUCCAAUAUGGAAUUGAUUUGUAUAGUCAGGAAAAUUGUGAAUCCUGUUGUUUUUGUGGUGCGUAGAUGCGCUGAUAAUACAGUCCUUGGAAACUGUGAGUUUUCUUUCUUUCUUUUUUUUUUUCCCUUGGCAGAUCUUGUGAAAUUAGUAGGGCUCCUGUUGACAUCGUUGGCUGCUUGGUACUUGGGAUACUCAUUCACUGCUCUUGUACCCAAAAAGACAAUAACAGCAUCUAUUGCUAAGCUUCAAGACAUUGGAAAGAAACCAGUGCUGAGGGCCCCAGUCCCAAAAAGGCAGAAGUGUGAUCACUGGUCUCCCUGCUCACCUGGGAACUACGCCUAUCGGAUUCUUAGUGGUGGUGGCAAAAGAAAGCUGGCUAAAAUUUGUUUUGAGGAUGAGCUGCUUAUAAGUGAAGAGAAGGGUAAUGUUGGAAGAGGUAUAAACAUUGCCAUUGUGAAUUAUAAAACAGGAAAAGUUACAUCGGCAAAAUUUUUUGACAUGUGGAAAGGAGACCACUCGGGAGAGAUGAUAACUUUCAUUAAAAAUGCACCAGAAGGGUCCCUCCUUUUGAUGGUGACUCAUGAUGAUGGAAGCACCAGGUUGAAAAAUGAUGCCAAAAAGUUAGUAGAAGAUCUGGGAAGUAAAGAAAUAUGGACUAUGAAGUUCAGGUCAAGCUGGGCUUUUAUAGCUUCCAAAGGCUUCAAGCUGCCAGAUAAUAUCCAAAAAGAAAAGAUAAACCACUCUGACAAGAAGAACAACAGAUACGAUGGCUGGCCAGCUGAAAUCCAAAUAGAAGGCUGUAUCCCAAGAAACCUGAUCUGA